AUGCAACGGGCGGUGUGGGGAACAUUUGCGCAAUCACUUCUUCGUACGGCAGACACAGAGAACUCGUUGCAAGCCUUCUUUGUGCCGUUGCGUGAGUUGUGCCGCAAAUUUGAUGGUUACAUGCACGUCGGAAUUCCUUUUGCGAAGGUGCCCCAACUUGAGAUCAACCAUACGCAGCCCGUGCGGUCAGCAGAUAGUCUGAAGCAGGUAAUGCUCGCAGCCGAGAAGCUGCAGAACGACCCGUGGUCCCGCGGGAAUAAUUUUUCCGUUCCCGCUGAAUGGGUGUCUGUAAUGCUUGACCUAUAUGGUGUGCCGCGGACGACUUCAAUGGACCUCUGA